CACCGGUUUGCAGAGGCUGCAACCGGAGCCGUUCCUUGUGUUUGUAGAACAGUGCGCGAUUCGGUGGAACAUUGCUCUGUCCGGAGGAAUGUCCCGAGUGCUGCCUCUCCUCUGGGCUCUCCUGGUCCACUUAUCAGGUGUCCUAGCUGUCCCAGUCCUCAAUCAGACACUAAUGUCCGGUCCUGUCUCCGCGGGGCAGACGGCCAGCUUAGAGUGUCGGAUGCAGAACGGAGAGAUUGGAAGUUACUACAUGCGCUGGUAUCGACAGCGUCCCGGGGAGAGACCGGAGUGGGUGCUUACGCACGAUAACGAGAGGGAUAAUGAAAUACACCGAGGGAGUGGGAUCACAACACGUUUCCAAGCAUCCAGAGACACUUCCAGCAACAUUCACAUCCUGACCAUCGGCAGCUUGGAGCCACAGGACUCCGCUGUUUAUUACUGUUCAGCAUGGGAUGAUGGAUUUAUCUUCGGUCCAGGCACUAUCCUGGAUAUAAAGAGUAGCGAGUCCCGCAGGCCCUCGGUUCUCCUGCUCCCUCCUUCCCCGGAGGAGACCGGCUCGGGUUCGGCUACUCUGUCCUGCCUGGUGAGCGGUUUUAAGCCGGGCUUUGUAGCGCUUCGCUGGAGCGUGGAUAACGUGGAGACUGAGAACGGGGUGACAACGGGCACCGCGUCACUGGAUACCGACCAGUCCUACAGGCUGAUCAGCUACCUGCGGGUUCCCCCCGCUGCCUGGGAAAAAGGUUCCAGUUAUUCCUGCAGCGUGAGCCACAGCUCGCUGAGCUCGCCUCUGCGUCACACCAUCUCUUCGUUGGUCUGUUCGCAGUGAGGCCGCGCCAGUUGACAGCACACGUGUAUUGCUUCCACUGACUGGGACUGUGCAGCAGCGUUGUGUAAUGCAAUUCUUCAUUAAUAUCCGCAUCUGGGAAAAAACAAAUGUUCAGCUAGCGCGAAGACUGCCCGUCUUUUGCAACACGUAAUUAUCUGGAAAAUUAUAUCCACUGUGCUGAGUCUGAUUUCUGCUGUGUGUAGAAUGUAGCGAUCUCCCUGUGACUGUGUUAUGAUUGGAUCUUGUGUAUCACAACUCUUAGUAAAGAUGUAACUACUGGUUGGU